CGGAACAGCUUUUCACGUCACGUAGGCCGGCAGGAACAUGGCGGCUCCGGGGGAAUACUUCAGCGUCGGCUCCCAGGUCUCAUGCCGGACGUGCCAGGAGCAACGAUUGCAGGGAGAAGUCGUGGCGUUCGACUACCAGAGCAAGAUGUUGGCUCUCAAGUGUCCCUCAUCUAAUGGAAAACCAAACCAUGCUGAUAUCCUACUACUUAACUUGGCAUAUGUAUCUGAUGUGGAAGUGCUGCAUGACCGCACACAGACCCCUCCACCUCUUGCCUCCCUCAACAUUAGCAAGCUCGCUAGCAGAGCCCGAUCAGAGAAGGAAGAAAAGCUGAGCCAGGCUUAUGCCAUCAGUGCUGGGGUGUCCCUGGAUGGACAACAGCUAUUCCAAACCAUUCACAAGACGAUAAAGGAAUGUAAAUGGCAGGAGAAAAACAUAGUAGUUAUGGAAGAGGUUGUUAUUUCGCCUCCUUAUCAAGUUGGUAACUGCAAAGGAAAAGAGGGCAGCGCACUUGACCACGUCCGUAAAGUAGUAGAGAAACAUUUUAGAGAUUUGGAAAGUCAGAAGGGAGUGAUGAGAUACUCCCUGCAGCCUUCACAGAAAGAAACCAGUGCAUCUUCCUGAGCCCAGCGCCCAUCAUGUCAGCCUCAAACCCACUCCCCUCCCAACCCUUUACUUCUCCUCUCAGAGCUGGGAGCCCUGAGGAGAGUUGGGCUGAGGGAGGGAGAAAAAUUGUGGGAUAGAGAAUGGGGGUGGUGGGUGGGAAAGAUGGGUAGAUUUUAUUUCCAGACUAGUCCCUCAACAUUCUUCUUUAUUGGCCAGCCUUCUUUAAUGUAUUGAGGGAUUUCUGAGCCAUAGAAUACCCAGAGGGCUCCCAUAUAGAUAAAUAUAUAUAAAUAUAUAAUUUUUUUUGUAAUUUUUUUUUUUUUUUUUUUUUUUUUAAGUUUAAGCCAGUCCGGCUUUAAUUCAGAAACUUUCCCAGAAUUGCAUUUCUUCCACAGCAUUUUUUUGUUCUUUCUAUUCAGAUUUUUAUUUGUGUAAGAGUUGUAUUGUCUGUCUCUUCCAUUGCUGAGGAAAGGCUCCGGCCCUUUCUUGACUAGGAGGGAAAAGGCAGAGCAUCUCAUAUCUCUGGUCAGGAAAGGGUUAUAAAAUUGCCCAUAAAAAAAAAAAGAAAAAAACUGAAAAAAAUUAAAACUGAAAAACAAAAGUAAA